CACCCUACUCAUUAAAAUAUGUAUUCAUAGACAAAGCUUGCAACAGUAUAAACAAAAUAAAUUCAUCAUCAACACGUUGUUUUAAUUUUCUAUCAACAAAAAUGUUAUCAAUUAAACGAGUUGUUGUUGUUGUUAUGGCUGUAGCUGGAAGUGAAAUUGCUUGGCAAUUAUGGAAAAAAUGGAAAAUUCAAAAUGCCAUUGAUAAUAAUAAUGAGAAAAAAAAAAUUUCAGAAGUUCUUUUGUUUUCUGAUCAAAGUAGUUAUUGUAGAAAUCAUGCAAAUAGCAGAAAAGCUUGUGGAAAAAAUAUGUGUGCAGUUGCAAAUGUCAACCGACUGGUUCAUUACAUGAGUAUGGCAAAAAAAACAUUGGAUUUAUCAAUGUAUAUUAUAACAUGCCAUGAUCUUGUUGAUGCUGCAAUUAAAGUACGUGAAAAUAAUGUUUGUGUAAGAGCAAUUAUUGAUACAAGUAUGGCUGGUAAUUCAGUUUGUGGUGAUCAAAUUAAUCGAAUGAGACGUGCAGGAAUAAUAAUACAAAUACAUGGAUCAAAUGCAAGUUUAAUGCAUCACAAAUUUGCAAUUAUUGAUGAGGAAAUAAUGAUUUAUGGUAGCACCAAUUGGACAAUGCAAGCAUUUUAUGGAAAUUAUGAUAGUAUUUUAAUUACAAAUGAUGAUGUUUUUGUUAAAGCAUUUUUCAAUGAAUUUGUGAGAAUUUGGAAAAAAUAAGUCAUACUCUGUUUACCAGAAAACAAAAUACAAACAAAAAUAAUUAUUUGAUAAGUAAAUUUAACUUAAAUAAUAGUUGUUAAAUCAUUCAAGAGAUUAUAGGAGUAUUGUUUUUCAUUAUGGAUAAAUUAAAAGUAUAAUAAAUCAUCAUUAUUUAUAAA